AUGUCUGAAAUUUAUGGUCCGAGUCUCGAGACGUCUGUUCCAGACGACCUUACUUUACCUCAAUUUAUCCUCGACUCGUCCCAUCCAUUGAGGCCCAUCCGACCUAUCCAUGUACCAUGGUUCAUCGAGGAUGCCGGUGGAAGAGAGGUUGGACAUGAAGAGGUCCGUGCAAGGACUUAUGGACUUGCAAAUGGCCUGAGUCUGCAGUUUUCGUGUCAAGGAGAACGAUAUAGGUGUGUGCUUGCAACGCUGGUCAUUUUCAGCCCAAACCAUAUUGACUAUCCGGCGGCCAUAUGGGCAACACAUCGGCUAGGUGGUGUCGUGUCAUGCGCAAAUCCGGCUAAUAAUAUCAGUGAAUUGUUGUAUCAGCUCAAGACGGUUCACGCGUCUUUGAUUAUCACGCAUUCCUCUUCUUUGCACACUGCAUUGGGUGCUGCUCAGGCUGCCGGGUUGCCAUCUGAGCGCGUCAUCACUUUUGACGAGUCAAAUCAAAUAACAGUAGGCACUCUGAUUCAGCAGGGGCUACGGAGUGAGCCAAAUUUCGUUGAGCGAAGGUUGCGGAAAGGAGAGGCAAAAACAAAAGUUGCAUUCCUCAGUUUUUCGAGUGGCACAACUGGAAAACCGAAGGCCGUUGCAAUAUCACACUUUGCCCCUAUCGUGAACGUGAUCCAGAUGGCUGAGCAGCAGAAGGUUAAUAAGAAUUACGCCCCUUGGGAAGAGCAAAGGUUUCGGCCAGGGGAUGUAGUCGCAGGAGUUCUACCUUUCUUCCAUAUUUAUGGCCUGGUGUUGGGGAUUCACCUUAUGGCAUUUUGUGGCAUCUCAGUUGUGGUAAUACCCAAGUUCAACUUCACGGAGUUCCUAGAGAGUAUCGUGAAAUAUCGUAUAAACCAUCUUCACCUUGUACCACCUCAAAUUGUGUUGUUUUGCAAGCACCCUGCUGUGAAAAAUUACAAUCUAAAUGGUGUCAGGGUCCUGAUAUGUGGAGCUGCCCCCCUCUCCGCCUCUCUUGUUGACCAGGUGGUGAAGAUUCUGCCGAACGCGCAGAUAGGUCAAGGUUAUGGCAUGACCGAGGCCGCCGCUACUAUCUCGAUGUUUUCCGUGGACAAAAAACUCGGCGUUCCUGGUGGUGUUGGGCGCCUGGCGCCUGGUGUCGUUGCCAAGGUUGUCAAAGACGAUGGGACCCUAGCGGGAUUCAACGAACCUGGAGAGCUUCAGGUGAAGAUUCCAUCUGUAGCGCUAGGAUAUCUGAACAAUGAUGAAGCCACGAAGGAGACCUUUGUUAAUGGUUGGUUGCGUACUGGUGACGAAGUUAUUAUACGCGAGGACCAUGAAUUGUUCAUCGUUGAUCGCCUGAAGGAAAUCAUGAAAGUCAAAGGAUUUCAAGUCGCUCCUGCAGAGCUGGAGGGCUGUAUUAUCGAUCAUCCUGAUGUUUCAGACACGUGUGUAGUGCCAAUUUCCGAUAACUACAGCGGGGAGCUUCCGAUGGCGUUUGUGGUACUUCAUCCUGACGCAGUCAAGAGGAUCGCCUUGGAUCGUGCUGAAGUCGAGAGGGUUAAAGCAUCCAUCACAAAGCUUGUGGCAGACAACAAGGUCGCAUAUAAACAUCUUGCUGGCGGGGUGGAGUUUGUGGACGUAAUUCCUAAAAAUCCCAGUGGGAAGCUGCUGCGUCGGGUCCUGCGCGAUCGGGCGCGUGACUUGGUACGGCCGAGAUCGAAGCUGUGA